AUGUACUUUCAUUUCUUUUUUUUUUUCUUCUGUUAUUUUCUUUUUUUUUUUAAGUUCUUCACAUCUAAUUUCUUAAUUAUUAAUUCAAAAAAAAAUUCAAUAGCCUUUUUAAAAACCGGCUUAUAUAAAUCGUAUCAUAUUAAUUUAUUUGAUAAUAAAAAAAUACAACUAGAACAUAAGAAAAAACAUGAUAAUUUCGGAAAGGGGAAACUUAAAAAAAAAAACCAUGAUAAUAAUAAAACAAAAGAAAAAAAGAAUCAAAAUGAUAUAAAAUCAAAGAAGAUAAGUAACAAAUUUUUUAAAAAGAGAUAUUAUAAGAGACCAUUUAAAAAGUUUUAUAAAACAACUAAAAAAGACAAAGAAUUGAAAGUAUCAAAAAAUAAAGAUGAAAAUGAAAAUAAAAAUGAAAAUGUAGAUGAAAAUGAAGAAAAGAAAAUAAAAGAAAAAAAAGUAAAAAAAAGAAAGUACAUUAAUUUAAAGAAGCUUAAGGAAAAAAAAAAAAAAAGUGAAAAAGAAGAAAAAAUUUUGAAUAUGUUUCAAAAUGACUUAAAUUAUUCUAUUGAAAAGCUAAAUAAAAGAACUAGAAAAUAUGAAAUAUUUAAAGAAAAUGAGAAUUUAAAGGAUAAUAUUUUAAAAAAUGAAAUUCUCCAAAAAGUUUUUGGAAAAAAUAGUUCAAAUAAAAAGGAAAACAUAAAAAAAAAAGAAAAAAAAAAAGUAUUUAUUGAUGACAUUAGCGAUAAUAACAAUGAUGUCAAUGAUGAAAGCAAAAAUAAAAGAGAAAAUAAAAAAAAAAAUAAUUAUGAAAAAAUUAGGUUAGAAAACAGUGGUGAUGAGAAUAGUCUAACUGAAAAGAAAAAGAAAAAAGAAACAAAUAUUAAGAAGUAUCCUGAUUUUAAAAAAUUAAAUCAUACUAAUCAAAUUCAUUUUAAGACUAAAAAAAAGGAAGAUUUAGAAGAUAGAAAAUUUAUGGAAAGUAAAGAUUUAUUAAUUUCUAAUGAAAAAAAAAAAAAUUCUAUAAAAACAAUUACUAAAAAUAAUAAUAAUAAUAAUAAUAAAACGAAAUCAGGAACAAUUAAUAAUGAAUUAGAAAAAGAUGAUAAAAUUGAAAAAAUUAGUAUUCAAAGAGAAAAUAAUGAGAAAACAAAAACUAACGAAGAAGAAAUAAAUUACGAAAUGAGAAAUAAAAAUAAGGAUAGAAAAAUAAAUAAAGAAAAAUUAGCCAAUGAAAAAAUGAACAUAGAAAAUAUAACUGAGGAAAAAAUGAAUAAUGAAAAAAAUAAAAGUAACAUAGAUAUACAAAGUAUUCUAAAAAUUGGAGAUUCUAUUGAUAAUUUUAGAAAAGAAAUUAUAAUUUUAGAUAACAAAAAUAAGGAAUAUAAUAAUAUAAAAAGUAAAUUAAUUAAAUUUAAUAGUAUUAUAGAUUUAAAUGCAAACAAAUACACAGAAAAGAAAAAAAAAAUUAAUAGUAACAAAAUUUGUAAUUUUAAAGAUAUAGGAAUUUUUGAUAAUUUUAUUAAUGUUUACUUAAAGUAUAAUAAAAUUAAAACAGCUACAGAAUAUCAAAGAAAAUAUAUACCUAUGAUUCUUUUUUUUAUGAAUAAUACAUACUUUGAUUUACGAAAUUGUUACAACUAUAUAAAAGAUAAGAAAUCUUCAACUACGAAAAAUACUAAUUUUUUAUUUAGUAGAAAUAGCACUUCAAAUUUUUUAGAAAUACAAAAUAGUGAUAAUCAAAUGAUAAAAAAUAAGGAAAUAAGUUAUCAGAAUAUAAAAAAAGAAAAGGAAAAGGAAAUGAAAAUAGAAGAUAAAAAAGAAAUGAUAGAAGAUAAAAAAGAAAUGAUAGAAGAUAAAAAAGAAAUGAUAGAAGAUAAAGUAGAAAUGAUAGAAGAUAAAGUAGAAAAUAAUUAUAUAACUAAUGAUAUAAAUAAUAACAAUAAAAUAGAGCAAAUAAUUUAUGUAAAUAAAUAUAAUGAUUUAAGUAAAAAAUUUAUAAGAACUUUUUUUUUACAUUGUCCAACAGGAACAGGAAAAACAUUUAUAUAUUUAUUACCUAUUUUUCAGUCUAUUUCUAAUUUUAGUUUUUUAGAAUAUGAAAUGAAUUAUUUAAUUAAAAACGAAAAAUAUUUAAACAGUAUUUUAUUUGAUGAAAAUAAGCUUUUUUAUGAAAAUAAAAGUAUUAAUGAAAACUUAACUUCCUUUUUUUGCGUAGAUAAAUUAAAAGAUAAUUUUUUUGAUGAAUAUAACCUACAAAGAAUGAAUAAUAUUUAUAAAUGUUUAAUUAAUAAAAAGAAGAAAAAAGUGGUAGAUCAAGACAAUAGUUUAAAAAAUGAGAUAAUAAAUUAUAAUCAUAAAGUAAAUAAGUGGAUUGAUAAGAAUAUAAACGAUUUAAAAAUAAGAAAAAAAAAUGAUAUUCUAAUUCUUACCUAUAAUAAAGAACUGGCUGUGCAAAUUUAUGAAUUAUAUAAAGAUAUAAUUAACUCUUUUUAUAAAUCUUUUAAUUCAAAUUUUUUUAAAAACAAUGAUUCAUUAAUUUUUUCCAACUUAAUAGAAAAAGAAGAACAAUCUAUUAUUGAAAAGAUAAAUGUAAAUUUUAAAAAAAAAAUUAAUAUUAAUGCAUACCUACUAAUUGGUGGAAACAAUAUAAAAUAUCAGCUAAAAAGUUUAAAAAAAAAAAAAAUAAAUAUUACAAGUGAAAACGCAGAUAGUAUUAAUAACUCCAGUAUUGAUAACAAUACAAGUAAUGACUGUAAUGAAAGUAAUAAGAAUCAUAACAAUAAAUUUUUUAAUGAAAUACAAAAUAUAAAUAUAUACAUUGGCACACCAGGAAGGCUAGAUAAAUUAAUACAUGAAAGAAAAAUUAUAAAAUUAAAAAAUAUUUCUACAGUUAUAUUUGACGAAUAUGAUUUCUUUUUUAAUUCUUUUAAAAAUAGUGAUGAUAAAAGUAGUUGUCAAAAAAUAAAACUAGAAAAUAUAUAUUUUUCUAAACUACUGAAAAGUAUUUACUUAAAUAAUAAAGAAGAAAAUAAACUAAAUAAUAUAAAAAAAAUAUCAUAUACUAACGUAAUUUGUUGUAGUGCUACAUCUGCAGUAUAUUCUUACCUAACUUAUACAAAACAUAUAAUAACAACAAAUUUUUUACAAAAUUUAAGAUAUAAAAUUAGUGAAAAUACACUAGAAAGAAGCAAUUUACUAAAUAAUUCAAUUGUAAAUCAAAAAGAUAAUUGGGAAAUAAAUAAUGAAAAUAAAAAUGAAAUGAUAGAUAAAAAAAGCAAAAUUGAAAUAAAUAAUGAGAAUAAAAAUGAAUUAAUAAAUGAAGAUAAUGCUAUACAGAACAAGGAUGGAGAAUUAAAAAAACAUAUAUCCUCUAUUAAUUACAAAAACGAAAGGAAUAUGUUAAAUGAGUUAUUUAAAAUAAAUGAGAUAGCUAAAAUACCAGAAAAUUUGAUACAUUUAAAUUAUUACUAUGAUAUAAGGAAAAAAAAAAAAAAUAAUAAUGCAAUUUCCAAUUUUUUAAGAAUUUUGUUUUCAAAUCCCUUGAAUAAGAAUGUUUUAGUUUUUUGUAACACUAAAAAAAAGGUAAUGGACAUAUGGAGUUUAUUUAAAAACCGUUUUGAUGUAGAUAUUCAGACAAUCUUUUGUGAUAAAGAAAAACAAAAAAAAAAAAAAAUUUUCAAAGAUAUUAAUUAUGCAAAUUUUUUUAAAAAUGAUUUAAUAGAUUAUAAAAAUUUAAAAAAAUACGUAAACUUUUUAUUUAUAUCAACAAAUUUACUAUAUAGAGGAAUAAAUUGUAUGGGAUUUACAACCGUUGUUAAUUUUGAUAUGCCUCUAAAUUCAACAGAAUAUGUACAUAGAUGUGGAAGAAUAGGAAGAAUAAAUAAUAAAGGAACAAUAAUAAAUAUUUUUGAAAAAAAAUAUAAAAGAAAAUACUAUAAAGAAAUUUUUAAUAAAUUAAAUUUAAAUGUUUUUGAUAUAGAUUGCUACAUGAAUCAUAUGUUUACUUUAAAAAGUGAAAAGAACUAA